GCACAAGAUGUCUAGGUGGAGCCUCGUGUCAUGUUAGUUUUUGGCUCCAUAUGUAUUCCAUACAUAUAGGAAGCUAAUAGAGUAGCAGAUUUCCAUUUAAUUUUUUCAAAGGGACUUUAGUGUUUGUUGUCCCUCCCCUUAUUUCCUACUUUACCUAGGCUUGCAUGCCAGGGCUGUGGGUGCCUGGUUAAGAAAAAGAAACUGACCCUCUUCCUUAUCAAGUAUGAAUCUGUAUGCCCAUUCCAACAUGCAGCCAGCAGGUGACCAGGAUACACUGGAGAGAGUGAUCAACUCCAGUCAACAUCAUGUUGAUGAAUAUGAAAGGAGGGUAAUGGGGCUUGAAAAAUGCGAGGGAGGUAGAAGUGUGUACCCUUUGCCUCUACCCAUUUCUCCCGGUUCCCUCUCAUUAACCCCUCCUAUUCUAGCUUUUAUCUCUUCCCAACACUAUACACUCCUUCCUCUUCCUGGGGCGAUAUUCUUCUGCUCCCUAGUUCCCUAGUAGAUAGUCAGGAAUCCUGUGUGGUUAUCCAGAUUGUAGUUCUCAUAUCAGAUACUUAAAACCUAACAUCCUUAACAGCAGACACAUGAAAUGUUUGUUGUUUUGGGUCUGGGUUUGCUAAAUCAGGAUGAUUUUUUUAGGUCCAUCAGGCCAGUCUUAGGGUUACAGAUUGCAAUGGCUGCCCUAACUGCCCUCAGUACUCCCUUUGAAGGCCAUGCAAAUAGAUCUACUUCAGCGUCAACAUUGACAGAGCUUUGAACAAGCACUGAGGGGGCUGGGCUCCUAACAGUGGAGUCUGAGGGGGGCACACAUGGAGCAUAAGGAUAGGGUACAGUCCGUAAGCCAGCUCCAUUGUGAGCUCAGAGCAUGUCACUAUGGUGGUGCCAGUGCAGCUGUGUUACUAGGUGAUGAAGUAUAGUUCAGUUAACCCUGAACGAGCAGGUCUUGCCUACACUUCUUUGGCAAGAAUUGGUGAUUUUAGCAAACUCUUAUCGUAUAAUUUGGGAGGUGGAGAUUAGCUAAAUGGGAGGGAAGAGAGGGUAAGAAGGUCCUGGGUGGCCCUAGCACUCCAUAAUGGAGGAAGAUUUUGAAUAUGAUGCUCUGGCAUUGAAGUUCCCCAGAAGGGGACGCUGGUACACCCGUCUGUGGCGCUCCUGUCCUGGUUUUGGAUGCCUGCGUCAAAAGAAAACGACGAAAUUUCCCCUCUAUCUGAUCGGGUAUGAUCCCGUGGGUCGAUUACAAAGAGCGGCCUGUGUUGGGGACGUGGAGAAAAUUGAAAGUAUGAUCCAUGAGUGUCAUCAUCAUGUGGAUGAAUCUGAUUGGAGGGGCAGGACAUCGCUGCAUUAUGCGAGUGCCCACAACCAUCCAGAUGUAGUGACACUGUUAUUAGAAAAUAAGUCCAACAUUAACAUCCAGGAUGAUGAAGGCUGCACACCGUUGAUUAAGGCUGCGCAGCGGGACAACACACAUUGUGUUUGUGUAUUGCUCAGGCACAAUGCUAAUCCAAAUUUGAUGGAUUACAGUGGGAAUACAGCCUUUCACCAUGCCAUUUCCAGGGGCAGCAUUGCAAUUGUAAAGAUGCUCCUGGAGUACAACGUAGAUAUUGAAGCCAAAACAGAGUAUGGCUUGACACCACUGCAACUUGCAACAUAUGAAAAUCAGACUGAAAUGAUAAACUUCUUAGAAUCAAUGAGUGCAGAUGCACAGGCCGUGCAAGUGUCAAACAGUGCAAGAACACCAGCACAUAAAAAAGAAGUGAAGCAUGUAAGAUUUUUGGAAGGUGGUAAAUAAGAAGUGGAAAAUCUGGGAGAAAUCAUAAUUCUGAGAUAGAAUGCGGCAGGAGAUUCACCUUGGAAGACGUGAGGAGAGAGACACAUGGCACUCAGAGCUAUGGGUUUUCCUCUUAGCACAGCUUUCAUUGUGUCCCAUAAGUUUGGAAGUCUUGUUUUUUAAAGAUGAAAGGCCUUUGUCCUGGUAAGGCUUAACAGUACAUUAGUACUAGAGGAGUGCAAAGAUAAAAAGCAAAUUCUUUUUGGGUAUACUUUGAGACUUGUGUCUUACAGGUCCCACAGUAUUCUGAAUAUAAUUUUAGCCUAAAAUUUGUUCAGUGUACUUUAUAUGAAUGUGAAAAGUAUGCUCACAAGUAUGCCAUUUCCAAGAAAAAAAUAUGCAGUUUUUAAAAAGAGCCUGCUAGGAUUAACUCUGCAAGUUAAUGUCCACUUAAGAUUCUUUAGCUUUUCAAAGCCUUACUAAAUUGUAUUUGUGGACUAAGACCCACACUCAUAGUUAUCAUUUCAGGCAUUCAUCUCUCUGACACGGUACAUAAUGUGGGAUGAUUCUCAGUUGUCAGUCAUUACUACAAGAUGGCAACCAUUUCUUUCCUCCUUUGACACCAGCUAUGAAGGCAAAGGAACUUUUUGUCAGGUGUAGCAUAUAUCAUAUAUCUUAGAAGAAACCCAUGAGUUGCAGUCCAUCCAAUGAAAGGGUGAGAUUCCAUGAAGGUGGAUAUUAACAUUUCUCACUUUACAUUUAUAGGUUGUUAUGGCUAUUCUUAAGGGAUGGCUAUGUACUGGUUUGUGUGUGUCUAGAUGAACUAACUAUAUCUUACCUAAGUGGGUGGUUUAUGUCCUUAUCAAUUGGUUGUAAGUUGAUUGUGCAAAUGUAUUUUUCAUUAAGUAAUUAACAUAUGACUCUGGGUUACAGUUGCUGUGUUACAGUUUGUUGAGUCAUGACUUCACUGGAUUGUUGGGAGUGUGAGAAGAGUCUGUGACAGGAAGCGGUGCUAGGCUAUGGAAUGCUUGGGGCUAGCUUGGCAUGUGGCCACACUAGCAUGGCCCACAGAACAACCCGCUAUGGAGACAGUGUGUGAAAAUGGAUGACAGAGAAACAUCUAGAGCAUGUGAUUGCACCUGGCAUGGGAACUCAUGGGAACCAGUCAUUCACCUUUUAAUUAUUCCACAAACCCAUGUCUUCCUGAAAGCUCCACCCAUCAAAUAACCAUUCAUAUGAUCAGUUUUCCACAGUAAUGGAUCCUUUGAAUCUCAAUAGAUUAGCUGAAUGUAUAGAACUAAGUGACCAUGUGACUAUUAUUUAUCUCUCUAUAAAGGAGGUUUUUGCCUUCCAUAUCAGUUGGACAUGAACAUACAGGUGAAGGCCCAUCCAUUCCUGUCCAGGAUGCUAGGUUAGACACUGGUUUGGUAGAAAAUUAAAAGGUGUAUUUCAAGCUCAUUCUGUGCUCAUUAGGAUUACUUACCUCCACAAGAGAGGACAAUUAUGUUGUUCUCUUUAUUUGGGCUCUGCAUCAGGAAAUCAUUUUAUAAAUACUAUCACAUGACUUAUUCCCUCCAUGUUUAAGAUUCCCUAAAUCAUACAAGCUAAUGUCAAAAUCAAGAUUCAAACUUUUCCAUACUAAAACUGUUCAAAGACUCCUUGCAAAAUACGCAUGUUAACUUAUACUUGGAAGUGCAAACAGUUUCACAGUCUCAAUGCAAUUAGUCUUAUUGUUCUUUGUUUCUGUUAUUACCUUAUUAUGUUCAUAAAAAUGGAUAAAUGGCACAGAAACAGGCAGAUUGUGACUUCGGGAUUCAUUCAUGCGUGUGUUAAGAAGGAGCAGCUUGAACAUUACAAAUGCAGUGGUGGGUUUUGAAGAGCUCUAGCAGCAACAGAAAUCUAUUUGAUGUUCGACAAGCAAACCACUUGGGUGGUACCAUCAUAGAUAGUGAAAUAUUCACAAAGUAUCAUGGGAAUAGGUGCCUUACUGCAUCAGGGGCAAAGACUGUUAUGAUUAAUGUAGUCAGGGGAUUAAUUCCAUUGCAUCUAUAGAUUAAAAAUAUCACUCGGUAUAGCUAUGAGAGCAAAAGCUAGAGAGGUGGUUGUGUGUAUAUAUGUAUCUGUAUAAUGGUUUCAUUGGGCUGAUUUUUGGGCCUAAUUUCCUUCCCUUUCUUCAACAUGGGGAAAAGUUGGAAGUAAAGUAUUCCCAGACAUACUCAACUGGUUAAAGAACAAAUGAAUAGCUUUUUAAAACAAUUUAUAAUGUAAUAUAAGUUAGAAAAUCAAGCAAGAAGUAAUCCAAUGCAUUGGAUUAAUGUUUAGUAUGAAUAUUAACAUAACAUUCUUAAAAUACACCACAGUGGAAUAAGACCACCAGGACAGCUAAAAUCCAUUUUGAAAAACUCUAACCGGCAUAAUUCAGGUAAGAUUAAGUGUAAGUCCUCUACUGAUUCUACCCUAACUAUAGAAAGAACUUUGUUUGUGCUAGGAAAGUAAGGAAAUCAAAUAUGAAUAUAUUUAUAUCCAUUCUUCACUUCCUGGCAACCAUUUUUAGAAUUCAGAUUUACUUAAGAUAUUGUUUCUAAGAAAUUUCUUUUUUUCUUUUAAAGUUGUUUUAUGUAUUUGCAUUCUUUUUAUUGAAUUACAGUUUAUUUCUUUACACAACUUUUCCAUAGGCAUUCUAGACAUCAAUCCAGUGGUUGGCUGUCUCUGCGUCUGUCUUAGUCAGCUUCUGGUAGAGCCUCUUAGCGGACAGCCAUGCUAGGCUCCUGUUUGCCAGCACAACAUGGCAUUAGUAAUAGUGUCAGGGUUUGGUGCCUAUGCAUGGGAUAGAUCCCAAGUUGGGCCGGUCACUGGACAGCCUUUCCUUUCCUCUCUGCUCCAUUUUUUACCCUGUAUUUCUUUUUUUUUCUUUUUUUCCUUUUUUCUUUUAUGGGAUUUUUAAAAAUUUAUACAACCACCAAACUAGAUAAGAUGGAUGAAGCAAAGAAGUGCAGGCCGACAGGAACCGGAUGUAGAUCUCUCCUGAGAGGCAAAGCCAGACUACAGCAAAUACAUAGGCAAAUGCCAUCAUUAAACCACUGAACUGAGGAUGGGAUCCCCGUUGAAGGAAUCAGAGAAAGGACUGAAGGAGCUUGAAGGGGCUUGAGACCCCAUAUGAACAACAAUGCCAACCAACCAGAGCUUCUAAGAAAUUUCAAAUUCAAAUUAUAUCAUCUGCAAUGCUACUAUAUUCAAAUCGAACUACUGAUGCAUGUAGUGACCUUUGAUUAAAAAAAAAAAACUAUUCCAUGAUUUGUGUCCUCUCUAGACACAUAGCAGCAAUUUGACUUUGAUAUAAAAUACAUUUUUAUUUCAGGUUUUAGCAUAUAUACUAUAUAUAUGAUUAUUGCUACAUGUCAUAGGAGUCAGUGUGUGAAAAUAUGAUCAUAUUAAAAAGCAAACCAAAAAACAGUAUUCAAUUAAUUUCAUUAUGUUUUGGAGACUAAAUAUCAUUAGCAUAAUCUGGAAUUUUUCCCUCCAUAAUAUUUCAAUCAUACUUAUUUUAUAAUUCACAGAUUAUCUUAUAGUUAUUUUUAGUUGUCUUCCAUUUAAUGUGAAUAUCUUGAUAUUAUAAAUAUCUGGCUCACUCAGGAACCUUUGGAGAAGUGAAUGGUGUGUGAGAUUUGUAGGUAGUGCUGGGGAAUAAAAACUGAUAUUCUUAGCAUUCAAUGAAAGCAGCCUCCAUAUGGGCUACUGUGACAGCACCUUUUCCCUGUAGUUCUAUUAAUUAGCAAAAGAUAUAGUGAUACUUGUUUUAUAUGCUGCAAGACAUAAUUUCCAGUAAAAAAAAAAAACAUUGGCACAGUAGAUGGAAGGUUGAAAAACCACAUCAUUCUCCAGUACACAGCACUGAAUGAUCCAUUGAGUGAGUCUGAAUAAGAUUAGAUUCCAACAGUGGGAGAAGCACCACAGAAUUUAUCCUCUCAGCAACCUACACCACAGCAUCUCUCAUACCUACUUUGGAGAGAGCCAGCCAGAGAAUAGUGUAGAGGAACCUAAAUGACCCUCUUCACAUAACCCUGAGGGAAACAGAAUUAUCAUAAUGUGGGUGUCUUUUUUUAAAAUGUAUUUCAGCACUGGAGUUUUGUUUGUGUUGUCGAGGACUGAAAGAGGCCCCACACAUGCUGAGCAUAUGGUCCACCAUAGAGACAUUUUCUCAGCCCAUUUGUUGAUAGGACAAAAACUUGCUCUGGUCAUGGGCAAUGCCAAGGGGAGUGCAGUGGAGUUUUACAUACUGUAAAGAAAUGAACUAGGGUUGUUCAUUCUCUGAAGCAUGUUUCGAGGGCAGGCUUUAUCCAGAGAGUGAAACUUGAGACACACUAUGGUUUAUAUGUGGAAAUAUAUUUU